CCAGCAGCUCCUCGGGCACGCGUAUACUGCGCUUCCGGGCAAUCUCCGCCCCCGCAUGGCCUUCUGGGAGUUGUAGUUCGGUCGCGAGCGCUGCCGUCGGGAGGCUGCUUCGAGGUUCGAGGCUGUGCCCCGCGACCCCGCCUUCGGCGCUCGGCUCGCAGGAUGGAUCCCGUACCCGGGACAGACUCGGCGCCGCUGGCUGGCCUGGCCUGGUCGUCGGCCUCUGCACCCCCGCCGCGGGGGUUCAGCGCGAUCUCCUGCACCGUCGAGGGGGCACCCGCCAGCUUUGGCAAGAGCUUCGCGCAGAAAUCUGGCUACUUCCUGUGCCUUAGUUCUCUGGGCAGCCUAGAGAACCCGCAGGAGAACGUGGUGGCCGAUAUCCAGAUCGUGGUGGACAAGAGCCCCCUGCCGCUGGGCUUCUCCCCCGUCUGCGACCCCAUGGAUUCCAAGGCCUCUGUGUCCAAGAAGAAACGCAUGUGUGUGAAGCUGUUGCCCCUGGGAGCCGCGGACACGGCUGUGUUUGAUGUCCGGCUGAGUGGGAAGACCAAGACAGUGCCUGGAUACCUUCGAAUAGGGGACAUGGGCGGCUUUGCCAUCUGGUGCAAGAAGGCCAAGGCCCCCAGGCCAGUGCCCAAGCCCCGAGGUCUCAGCCGGGACAUGCAGGGCCUCUCUCUGGAUGCAGCCAGCCAGCCAAGUAAGGGCGGCCUCCUGGAGCGGACACCGUCAAGGCUGGGCUCUCGGGCAUCCACUCUGCGGAGGAAUGACUCCAUCUACGAGGCCUCCAGCCUCUAUGGCAUCUCAGCCAUGGAUGGGGUUCCCUUCACACUCCACCCACGAUUUGAGGGCAAGAGCUGCAGCCCCCUGGCCUUCUCUGCUUUUGGGGACCUGACCAUCAAGUCUCUGGCGGACAUUGAGGAGGAGUAUAACUACGGCUUCGUGGUGGAGAAGACCGCGGCUGCCCGCCUGCCCCCCAGCGUCUCAUAGUCCCUCACCCUUCCGCGGAAAGAGCCCCCUUACUCCACCUCCCCGCCAGCCUGGGGCCACCCCCCCUCACUGCAUCCUGGGAACCUUCGCCCUGCAAGGCGUUUGCUAUCUUCAGCCACUGGGCGGAGCUGCAGCCCUGGAGGAGGGGGCGGGUCGAGGCUGCGUGGUGAUGGGGUCUCCGCCUCCACGCCCUGCCGGGCAGGGCUGGAGCUGGACAGAAGCCAGUGCCUUUAAGUCAUUUGUGUCAAAACCCUCUGGGGUCCGGAGGCUGUGCGGGUGUCCUCCUGGCAAUAAACACUACAUGGUUCUCGC